AAUAAACAUUUUAGAUGGAAAUGAGAACCUCCACGUAGCUGCUUCUUCCUCUCCUUUAUCACUUUUUGGGAUUUUGUUUUGGGUGGGUGGGUGACUACUCCAGCAGCAGCAGCAGCAGCAGCAGCAGCAGCAGCAGCAGCAGCAGCAGCAGCAGCAGCAGCAGCAGCAGCAAACACUCACUAACAGGAUGACUUCCUUUCCGGCACUUGUGAUAGUGUACACUCUCGUGACGCUAGCGACGGCAGCAUCCAAGAGCGAGCGGGCGGUGCAGCUGCCCUGCGACUCGGGCCAGUACACGAAGGAUGGCGAGUGCUGCAAGGAGUGCCCGCCUGGGGAGGGCGUGGUCCGGUCGUGCGGCGCCACCCAGACCGUCUGCUCGCAGUGCCUCGACAGCGAGACGUUCUCCGAGAACUACAGCCACACGGAGGAGUGCCAACCAUGCACUCAGUGCACGGGCCUCAUGCGCAUGGAGACGCCUUGCACAGACUCCAACGACGCCAUCUGCGUGUGCCGCUACAACUUCUACUUCGACAGCGUGUCGGGCCGCUGCGAGCCGUGCACCGUGUGCCCCGCCGGCCAGGGCGUGUUCGCGCACUGCGAGCACGACCACGACACCGUGUGCGAGGAGUGCGUGGACUACACCUUCUCGGACCGCGAGAGCUCCCUGGACCCCUGCCUGCCUUGCACCAUCUGCGACGACGAGACCGAGAUCCAGCUGGCCCACUGCACCCCCACCAGCGACUCUGUCUGCCACAACCCUCUGCUGCCCACCUACUUCCCCUCCACCUCCUCCGAGACGGACCCAAUGUCGCCCGCCUUCCCCAACUACUUCCUCCCCGACGGCUCCGAUCCGCCGCCGGUAGGCGAAACCACCACGUCCAGCUCCGGCUCGCCGCGCUUUCUCGGCCGUGGCCUCAACGAGAACCUCAUCCCCAUCUCCUGCUCCGUCCUGGCAGCCGUGGUGCUGGUGGGCCUGGUGGCGUGCGUUGUUUUUAAGAGGUGGAACAGCUGCAAGCAGAACAAACAGGCGGCUAACAAUCGUGCGGCGGCGGCGGAGGCGACCAACAACCAGACGGUGACGCCCGAAGGCGAGAAGCUGCACAGCGACAGCGGCAUCUCGGUGGACAGUCAGAGUCUUCAGGAACAACAACAACAACAGGCACAGGCCGCGCCCCCACGUUCACGCACACAGGAACAGAUAGUGGUGAGGGUGGACGGCGGCCCCCGGACCGUCACGCCUCCUCCUGAAGUCUGAGGAAGAAGAUGAGCAAGAUGACGGAGAGGGGAGCGGGUGUCUAAAUGGUGGUUCUCAAGGGGAGGGGGGCACAUAGACUCUGAAUUGUCCCCAAAGACUUCCAGUAGCUGGACCUCCUUUGGACCCGUCCUGACUCUUCAUCCCUGCAUGCAGAGUCUCUAGAACCAUGUGCCUGGACUCUUAUCAGCCCCCCAAGUACCAACUGUAGAUGAUCAAAGUGCAUCUUAGGGAAUAUUCCACCAUUUCUUACUAACUGCCAACACUUUGAAUGCGAGCUUUCCGUUUUUGCCCUUAAACUCAAACGCGACGACUAGCCUUGAAAACACACCGGUGCCUGGAAGGUCAACUCAAGCACCUUCCUUCACAUCCUCCUCCAGAAGCGCCUGCGGUGCUCUGACUCACGCCACACUCCUCUUUUUACUCUCUUUCAUUUGUCAGGCAGCUCUCUACCUGCUAGGAGCAGCUCGUGUUGGGAGGAAGGUCAAGGCGACCGCCUCCGCCCUCUUCGUGCCGGGGGUCCUCUUUCACUUCACGCCGUUUAACGUUUCUUUCUCCUCCGGCCUUUCACUUUGCGGUGGAAGCAAAGCGCGGCUGAAUCAGCAGGUUUGCUGCAUGUGCAACGUGAGACGAAAGCGCUGACUCACCGCCGUGACUCGACGCUGGGCGAGGGUGAGCAAAGCAAGCCUCCAGAUGUCCAGCGGUGACGUCAGCGCUGACCCUGAACGCAGCGCUGUGCUUUAGAGUAACUGCGGCGGACGCAACCCAUUCCGGGAGGCUUCUUGAAGUUUAGUUGUAAUUUUUCUGAUCAUAUUUCCAAUCACAGCACAGGAAAUGUUUCAAGUAUCAUUUUAACGUCAUCAACUGUAUUUUUUUUUUUUAAGCCAGCGGCCAUUUAUUUACCAAAACCUCAAAGAGGACUAAUUGAAAGAAGAUGCAUUUUGACAUUUCCUAAACACCAAGUUAUUCAUGAUUUGGAGUGCAUGAAAAAGUGGAAAGGAAAGCCUAACUCUUACACUGUCCACACAACAGAAACAGAACCAAUGUAGUAAUAUGCAAUAAGAAGGAAAAUGCUCCAUCAGCAUUCAUAGCUGAUGAGUCCACGCCAACAGCUGAGCAGCAACAUUUUACAGCGCAUGCAGAGGUAGAUAACGCUGCAGGGGUGCUGACCAAUUAUGAGAAUUCAAAUGCGGUUACUUGCCAUUAGGUAGAGUUCAUAAAAUAAAAAAAAAAAAAAAAAAACACACACCAGGAGGUUGCCUUACAGCCGUUAGUACCAAUAUUUUUUCAACAGGAAACCCCACCGGUUAAUUGAACAGAGCCGUUAAUUGGAGCAUUUAUGGUACAAACAAAUGAAAAAAGAAAACCGAAAGCAUUUUUGUUCAGGUUCGAGUUUCUUUUUUAGACUUUUGUUUGCAAAUUUAAGUCAAAUUCUGAGUUCUGAGGUUCCACCAACAAAACAAGCCAGCGCUUAACACACUCUGAAACUGCAGGGGGCAGCAUAUUAUAAACUGGUACAGGAAACCAACCAUGAUGUUAGGAUUAGGCUAUUACGCUUAACAUGGGUACUAAAACACCACGGCUAAGAUAGUAACAUCAAUAGUUCCAGUUACCAGCUCACUACAGCCCCUGCAGAAAGGGAGUGGUAUUACAAGUAACAAGAAAUCUGGCCGUCGCCCGUCACAUCUGGCGUCGUGCUUAAAUAACUGGGGAGUAUCAUCACAAGAGAUAAUCCCUUGUGUCGUGAUCUGUGGCUGCCGUCUUGUUUGACGGACAGAGCCGAGGCGCUAGCGCGUUGGCGCUCACGUCACCGUGGCGCCCAUUAGCAAGACAGGGUGACGGACAGGUAGCAAUUACUGCCGGCUCCAGCAUCCUUCAUCAUUUUGGCGUGCGUGCGUGUGUGUGUGCGUGUGUGUGUGUGUGUGUGGGCACCAGCCUCUUUGAAGCGCCAUCAUGACAUUCUGGAUCUCUUAUCCGCGUUUGCAGCUGCUGACAUUUCCAGUAUGGAAGAGUCACUUCACAGGGAUGGACACCUUUUAUCACCCCCGCCCCCUCCCUCCCUGUGACAUAUAAAUA